CAUCGACAGCUUUGUACCCGGUUGGGCAUACAUACCUGGAUCUGUUUUAUGACCGUCUUAAGCACAUAACAUCAACCUACAAUUACCGACUCUUGACAAGCUGCUUGGGACGCGGAGGGGCAGAUGACAUUGCACCCGCGCCCGACCGGCUCCUCCAAACCAUGGUAGCUACGUAGCAAAAUUACCAGCUACAGCUACAAAGCCUAUUCCGGUGAUUCCGGCGGGGGGCCGAAUCCUCACGGUGCCGCUGCCGGGGUACAGACGGGCAGCUCUGCACGCCAGGCGCUGGUAUGGUGGGCCAACUCCGCUUCUCCACCGAGCUCGGCGUGAACGGCGACGGCAGCCCCUGUCACGCCGUUGCGACGGAUGGCACUUACCUGGCCUUCGCCGUACCGGGCAGCCCCGAUGUGGAGGUGCACCGCCUGGGGGGGCCGGCGGCGGCGGCGGGGGGCUCCGGGCCGCGGCCGGUGCGGCUGAUGUCGGAGCUGCAGCUGCGGCCCGUCAUCGCCAUGACCUUUGGAGUGGGGCCCAUGGGCACCAGCGACCCCACGCCCCGCCGCGGCGGCUCGGGCUCGGGCUCGGGCCGGCCCACGGUUCUGUUCUGCGGCUCGUGUGACGCGGUGGUGGCCUGGAACCUGAGCGCAGUGUGGGAGGCAGUGGCGGGGGGCCACCCGCCGCCGCCGCCCGUGCAGGUCAUGUCCGACCCGGGCCCUGUGUACUGCCUGGCUCACAGCGGCCGCCUGGCCCAGCUGGUGGUGGGGGCGGGGCCGGACGUGCACGUGUUCGACGUGCGCACCUUCAGGCACAUAUACAGGCUGGACGGCCACGCCGCUGACGUGCUGGCCGCGGCCUUCUGCCCCCCGCCCGGCCCCGCCGCACUGCUGGUCACCGCGGGCGCAGACCGCACCUUCAAAAUAUGGGACCUGCAGGCCGGCAGCCUUGUGAUGCAGAGCUCGGUGCUGGGCGCGGCGCCGCUGACGGCCCUGGCGCUAGAGGCGUCCUCGCCGCCGCGGCUGGCGCUGGGUGCGGCGGACGGCGUGCUGCGCUUCUUCGACCUCAGCAGCCUGCCCGCAGCCAGGCUGCUGCAGACGGUGGAUGUGGGUCGGCAGCUGGGUAAGGCGCUGGCGGCGGCGGCAGCGGCCGCGGCGGAGGCGGCGGCGGCGGCGACGGCGGGUCCCAAGGUCAUCAGCAGCCGACCCAACUGGAAGGCGCAGAUGGGGCUGCAGCGGCAGGCGUCGUCGUCAGGCAGCGAGCUGGGCGGCGGUGGCGGUGGCGGUUGUGAUGACGAAGAGGGGGGGCUCGGCACCAGCAGCGAUGCCCUGGGGGGUGGCGGCGGCGCCUUCGUGUUGCAGCUGGCCUAUUCGGCGGCGCCGCCGCCGCCCCCGCAGCCGCACGACCCCCUACACGACUUCCUACCCGACGUCUACUCAGCCGCCGGUGGCGGUGGCGGCGCGCCGCCGCCGCUGCUGCUGCCCGGCUGCCCCUCCCUCCUGGUCGCCACCCCCGGAGCCGUGGUGGUGGUCGACACGCGCUCCUACGAAGUGACGGAGGCCUUCUUGCUAGGCCGCACCGGUGACACGGCGGCGGCGGCGCCGCCGCCGCCGCCGCCGCCAGGCCGCCAGCGCUCCGGCGAAGGCGGCGCGUUGACGGCGGCUCCGCCGCCGCCGCCGUUGGCGGCGCGGUCGCGUCUGGCGCUGCGCGGCGUGCCGCGGGCGGAGCCGUGCGGGGCGGCGGCGCUGGCGGCGCCGGUGGGCGCGGCGGUUGGGUCCGGCGGCGGCGGCAUGGUGUGCGUUACGGCGGCGGCGCGGGAGCCGACGGUCGCGGUGCUGACGUACGAGCCGUCGGAGGCGGCGGCGGCGGCGGCGAGCGGGAACGGCGGCGCCGGCGGCGGCGUGGCGGCGCUGGCGGCGGCGGUGGCGGGCGGGAUGCGGUUACAGCGGACGCCGUCCGCCAGCUCCACGGGCAGUGGCGGCGGCCGCGGCGCCGGCGGCGGCGCCGCCACGCGGUUGCGGUUUUCCGGCAGCGGCGACGGCGACGCCGGCGGCGGCGCCGCCGACGGCGGUUACGGUUAUGGCGCCGACGGCGGCGCUAGCACUGACGAUGUGGCGGCGGCGCCGGCGGCGGCCGUGCUGUCCGUGUACCAGACGACGCCGCUGCCGGAGAACUCGCCACUGCGGGCACCCAGUCCCGCCGGGCCCGGGCCGGGCUCGGCAGGGAGUAACGGCGGCGGCGGCGGCGCGCGGCGAUCGAGCUCCGCAGGGCCACGGCGGCCCAGCGGCAGCGGCGGCUCCGCCGGCGCGUCCCCUGGCGGCAAGGCCGGCGGCGGCGGCCCCGGCCGCUUUGCCAGCCCGGGGCGGGCGCUGGGGUCUGGGCGGCCACCGCUGGCGGCGGGGCGGUCGGGUGGCGGCGGCGAUAAGCCGGUCACUUUCCACGCCAAAGUCAAAUCCAGCGGCUACGGCGUGCUUCAGCCCUCCACGCAGCUGGGCCGCGCGCCGCCGCCGCCAGUGAAGCUGGCGCCGCGCGCCGCCGCCGCCAGCGCCGUCAACCGCCACAUGGCAGCGGCGCGCGCCUACCCGCUGGACUGCGGUCCGCUGCUGAGCCACCAGACCAGGAACACGCUGCCGGGCGGCGCGGCGGCGCACCCCGGCGGCGCCAUUGUGCGCGUGGCGUACUCGAGCGACGCCGGGCGGCUGCUGACUGCCUCCGUGAACCGCACGGCUCGGGUGCUGAAGCUGCCGCUGAGCCGCUGGGGCGGCGAGGGCACGGACCUGCUGGGGCACGGCGGGCCGCUGCACGGCGCCGACUGGAGCCGGGAGGGCACACUGGCGCUCACAGCCAGCGCCGACAGGACCGCUCGGCUGUGGGACGCCGCCUGCGCCCAGCCGCUGCUGGAGAUCAGCCACCUGCACCACCAGCCGCCGGCACGACCCACGGGACCCGGAGGCGCGCCCGCCAUGCCGCCGCCCGCGCCGCCCUCGCCCGCCGCCGCAGCCAAGUCGCCCAACCCGCCGCUGCAACACGAGGUCCGCGCCGCCCGCUUUGUGUACAUGGACCAAUUCAUCGCGCUGGCGGCCGGAAACAAACUGCUGCUGUACAGGUACAAGCUGGCUGGUGAGCCGGACAGCGACAUUGAGCGGCUGCGGGCGCGGCACAGCUACCGCCUGGUCGGCAGCCACACCUCCAGCGCGCAGACCCUGACUGACUUCUCCGCACUCAACUGCUUCCUGUCGCCGCUGGCCGUCACCGCCGCCUCCCACCGCGGCCUGGAGCUGGUGGACCUGGCCGUCAUGCGACCCGUGGCGGCGGUGGCGGAGGCGCAUAGCCGGCCCGUGGGCUGCGUGGCGCAGGCGGGCAGCGCCAGCCUGUUCGCGGCGCACCCGCGCGAGGCAGCGGAGCUGUUCGCCACCUCCGCCCCCGACAACGCAGUCAAGCUGUGGGACGUGCGCGCGCCCAGUCGCUGCGUGCGGGCCUUCGCAGGCCACAAGAACAGCCAGCUGCCUGCCAUGGGCGUGGCCUUCUCGCCCUGCCUGCGCUACCUGGGGGUGGGCAGCGAGGACAAGCAGGCCGUGCUGUACGACCUGCGACAGGGGGUGGUGGCCCACAAGGUGGGGCGGGGUGUGGUGUCGGACGCGGUCACGGCCGUGGCCUUCAACCCGCUGCACCCGCAGAUGGCGCUGGCCUGCCUGGACGGCAAGAUAGCCUUCUUCAGCGACGGCGCAGCCUGACACAGACGGCGAUGUGGGGUUUGUAAGCGUGUGUGGGUGUGUGGGGGUGAGGCUGUAGUGGUGCGGGGGGCUGUAGCUGCAGCUGUGUGAGUGCUGCGGAUGGGGUGGGCGGCUGGAGACCCCAGGAGGACAGCAGCAGCAGAGGGGGGAGUGUGUGGGCGUUUGGCGUGGGAGCGAGGCCUGCCGGGGCGGGGUGUGGGGAGAUGCGUGUGUCGGUGUGUGCAAAUGUAGCACACCCGGGCAGCACCGAGCGGGGAGCUGAAAAUGCACCCCCAGACGAUCCCCAGUGUCGCGGUUAGAUGGGGGGGGACGUCGUCCCGAGUGGCUGAGCGCAUGGCCGCGGCCGCAUGCCUUGUGUAAGCGGUUGCGAGC